AUGCGUUCUCCCUCGCCGGCGCCGCUCUCGGUCCCGCCUUCGCGGGUCGAGCACACUCAGGGGGGGCGCCGGACGCUCGCUCCGGCGUUUGACCGUCAAACUCGCUCCAGCUCCCUUCUCCCGAAACUCCUUCGUUCUCCCAUCCUCUCCGUCUGCUCCAGGUCUGCGUCGACCUUGUUUGUGGCUCUGGUUGCGUUCGUCCUACUCAGUUCUUCCGUGACCCGCGCGCCGCUCGGCCAGGCCGCCACCCUCGACGAAUCCCAAGAUGUGUCGUCGUGGCUAAACGUAGAUGAGGCCCCGCUGUGGCCAACGACAAAGAAUUUGCAUCCCGAAGACUUCGUCCAAGAAACCGAAAACGUCACCCAGAGCAAGGGCUCCUCUGACACUGUCACAUCAUCCCUCACUCGCACCGGUCCCUGGCGAUUACCCGCCUCACCCCUCGAAGAACUCGGCCUGGUUCGAGGUCAAAAUUUGGGGGGGGGAGGCCAGACAUGGGGGAGCCCUGCAUCCAGUCACGGUUACCGUCCGCUGCGCCUCUCCGGCCGAAACAGGGCGGCGUCUCGAUCUGUUGCAGCCUUGGCCGUGAUGAUGUCACUGGUCUUCCUCACUGUCUUCUUGGCGCAUCGCUUCACGACCCGAGGGCGGAAGCCCAAAGCGCUCCUGAACAUGGUUGCGAACUCGCUUCCGCGACUCGGCACCGGGUCGAGAGCUGACGCUCAGCGAACUGCGCGCCGUUCUGCCCUGCGACUUUUUGCUGGCAUCUCCGUCUUGCUCGGACUCGCCGUCGCGACCGCCAUCUUCGCCUUCGAUGAUGAGACGCUGCCUAUCCUGAAACCAGUGCGCGAAGCUGUGCAACCGUAUGUGGACGAGUGGGCACCGGUGGUCGAGGCCUACUUGCGUCAACUGUAUGACAGUGUCGGAGCCUUUAUGCCAGCGAACGUCUCGUCGAAGACGACCGGACGGCCGCCUUCGUCGCAGUCGAGACAGUGA